AUUUGUGUUUGCUCAGCCGGCUGUAAUGGUGGACGACUGAAAGGGGAAAGGGAGAAAUACAAUCUUGAAAAUUGAAUCCCUGACAAAAACGCUAACGUCCGCGGCUCGGAAAUAAACUCCGGCAAAUAUGGAUGAACUUAAGCAUCAAGUGAUGAUAAACCAGUUCGUCCUGACAGCUGGAUGUGCGGCAGACCAGGCGAAGCAGCUUUUGCAAGCGGCACACUGGCAGUUUGAGACAGCCCUCAGUGCCUUUUUUCAAGAGACUAAUAUUCCUUACGGUCACCAUCAUCAAAUGAUGUGUACCCCGGCUAACACGCCUGCCACGCCCCCCAACUUCCCCGAUGCGCUCACCAUGUUCUCCCGCCUCAAGGCCUCGGAGGGCUUCAGCAGUAGCAGCCCCAGCAUGGCCUCCAUGGCAACCUCACCUCCCCCACCUCCGGUCAGCUGGGGCAUGACUCCGUCCGUGGCCGGCCAGCAGGGACUUGGACUCAAGGGCCUGCGGCCACGCCGGCCCACCCUGCCCCGGGCUGGCCGUCCGCCGUUAACCAGCAGGCAGCCGCCGAACAGAAGGCCAGCGUGGCCAUGGAAGCCGAGAGAUGAGGAGGCGGACUACGUGGGCCCCCGCUCCCCUCCCCGCCCCCACACUGGGGUGGAUCGGGGGUAGGAGAGGGGAGAGACAAGGCGGAAGGGCCGUGUGGGAGGUUAGGAUACCGGGGUGGGUGCAGGGGGCGUCGGCUUUGUUCUUUUACCUUAAGAGGAGGUGGAAAUGAGAGGGCAACACAACCAAGAAUAAACCAAGCAACAUGGACAAGUGAAGACAGGGUGAGGUAGGGCGAAGUCAACUCAAAGCUAAUAAGAAAACUAGAGAAACGCACAUUGUAUUACUGAGAAAGGAAGCAACUGAAUCUUUCUUCAUUAAAAUAGAUAACUAUGAAUGGGACUAUGAUUGUGAUGCCCAAGGAUUAUUUCUGGUAUUUCCUGAAACAUGGACAUAUGUACGCUAAGACAGCAGCUUUUGUCUCAUUCCUUUCAAGCUUUUCAUCUGGUGUCCUCUCUGUACUCAGAUCAUUACGAGUUGACAUUGCAUGAGGAUUGGAGCUCUGUUAUUGCAGUUUUUUACUGAAUAGUGUUCAUCACAAGCAUCCAUGUGUACCGUGUGUGGUGUCCACACACACAUAAGUAACAGCAAGUAUGAAGGUUAUGAGGUUUUCCUUUCUACAUUGGAUACUUUGACUCUGGACUCUGCUUACCUCACUGGUCACCUGACUUUCUUCAGCCAAUCAGGGAAUCUCACUAGUUGAACACCGACCAUUUUUUUAAAAGCCGGGUUUUUCAUGGGGCCUCAGCCCUGCUACUCUUCCUCAUGCAGUAACAUACAAAGAUUGUUAGACUCACUAGAUAUGUCUGGACUCCCUUCAAUGACCAACAGAUAUUUUGAAAUCAUGGUUGAAUAUUUUAUUGCAAGUUUUUUGGGUAGCUGGUGUAGAGACGUUUUAAUCAGACUGUUUUUUUCAUGGGUGCGAAGGAGGAAACUGCGAAAAACUACACACAACCAGACUACUAAAUGAUGUUUGUAAGCAGACCUGCCUCUUUGCAUGAUGUAUUCAUAUAUAAAUAUAUAUAAAAUUUUGUAGUUUCUUGCUUUUUGGGGGAGAAUUCUACAUGAUCUUGUUUUGCAAAAUGAUUUUUUUGUUUUGUUUUGAGAGAUCGCUCACAUUUCCUCCUCUGGGUGUAACAGAGAGGAGGGUGAGAGAGAGAGAGAGAGAGAGAGAAAGCGAGCGAGAGAGAGUGAGUGAAUGACAAAUUCAAAUUCAGGGUAGGUCUCAUCCAAUUUUCUAUUGUCUGUUCUUUUAAAAAAGGAAAAAAAUAAAGAAUAAAUAUUUUGAAUGUUCAUGUGACCAUUUCUCUAAGGAAGAACACAUGAAUAAUUUUCAUGAACUAAUUUUCAAUAACCCAUCAGUAAAUUUGACAGUGUUUGGCUUUAUUUUCCAUUUUUCACCAGUUUUCUAAUCAAAAUUGUCUUUUGGGAUCACUUGUUCCUUAACGGAUUUUCAUGUAUGUUUUCCCCUGUAUGACUGUAUUGAUACCAUUCCCACAAUAUUUGUGGACUACCUGAUAAGUUAAUUAUCAUUGUUGUGUUCCUAAAUAAAUAUUGUAUGUCCUAUG